AUGCCGCGAUACCUCAAACCCAUCGCAUUGCUCCUAUUAGCAAUCACAACCAUCCUUCUCUACCAAGCCAUCAAGAAAUACAACCAACCCCCUCCCACUCUCUCCGAAAGCAUCAUCUCCUAUAUCCAGGCACAUCCAUUCAAAUCCGCAUUUCAAGCCCUUAAUAUAGUCACAUUCUUCACCCCCGCUGCAGCGGGUCGCUCAUUCCUCUAUCUAUUAGGAUUUGCUCGCCUGGGACCGAGAGCAGUAUCUAUAGCGUCAAUCUCUCAAAGUAUUUUCGGGAAUAUCGCUACCAGAAGUAUGUUUGCAUAUCUACAGAGUGCCGCAAUGAGUGGAUAUGGGCUUGGUGCUUUGAAUACGGUGGCAUUGGAAGCGUGGUUGGAUUUUUCUGGGAAAGGAAGUCCUCAGAUGAAUGAUACUUGGUCCUGUGUGCAAGAUUUUGUCGGGGAUUUCUUGUUCUGUAUGGGUUUGGGUUUAUUUCUCUGUAUUCUGGUCAAGAGUGGAAUUGUGGGCUACGAGUUACUUCGUGGUGAAAUACGUCAUGUUGAUAUUCAUGCUGAAUAG